UCGGAAUAUAUCUAUUGGUCUUUACGUCUAUAGCUCAAAUAGAUUCAGUGUUUUAUCGUGAUGCUCCCUUCUUCCUCGGCUGGCAUAUGUAUUUAGCAUCGCCUGUUCUUCCAAUAAGCACCAAUGCAUCCAUGCAUCCGCCUCCUCUCUAAUAGAUGGUGCAAGUAAAGAUGUCCAAAUCUUCCGCAGACCCUCUGUCUGGUGUUGAAAGCGCUUCUCAGGCGCACUAUUUUCAGUUACCACGAAAGUUGCCAAAGCGCAAGGGUCGUUUUAAACGCUCAGAUGGCAGCACCUCCUCUGACACCACCUCUAGCUUCAUCAAACGACAGGGUUCAGCCGAUUCGUACACGAGCAGACCUUCGGAUUCCGACCUGUCAGCGGAGGAGGACCGCGAGGCGUAUCGGCAUGAAGCCGAACGCCAGGCCCAGCUGCAGCUUGAGAGAGCCAAGUCCAAACCUGUAGCGUUCGCAGUGAAGACAAAUGUAAAUUAUUGUGGAGCUCUCGAUGAGGACUGUCCUGUUCAGGGUGCUGCCAUAAACUUUGAAGCCAAAGACUUCCUGCACAUUAAAGAGAAGUACAAUAAUGACUGGUGGAUUGGAAGGCUGGUGAAAGAGGGGGCAGACAUCAGCUUCAUUCCUAGCCCCCUCCGACUGGAGGCCAUGAGACUCAAACAGGAGCAAAAACAACAGAGGAAAAGUGGCAACUCUUCCUCCAGUCUGGGUGAUAUGGUAUCAGGAGGUUGGAGAUCCACGUCGCCAUCUGCAGCCAAGCAGAAGCUAAAGCAGACUGAACACGUUCCUCCUUACGAUGUAGUGCCAUCCAUGAGACCUGUGGUUCUGGUUGGGCCUUCACUGAAGGGCUAUGAGGUGACAGACAUGAUGCAGAAAGCCCUGUUUGACUUUGUCAAACAUCGUUUUGAUGGACGGAUUUCUAUAACCCGGGUUACCGCUGACCUUUCUUUGGCCAAGAGAUCAGUUCUCAACAAGAGGCCCAUCAUGGAGAGAUCCAACACACGAACCAGUCUGGCGGAGGUCCAGAGUGAGAUUGAGAGGAUCUUUGAACUGGCUAAAACCCUUCAACUGGUGGUUCUGGAUGCAGACACCAUUAACCAUCCUGCACAGCUCGCUAAAACAUCACUAGCUCCCAUCAUAGUGUACGUCAAGGUCUCCUCACCAAAGGUCCUGCAGCGGUUGAUAAAGUCAAGGGGUAAAUCACAGAGCAAACAUCUGAAUGUCCAGAUGAUGGCAGCAGAUAAACUGGCUCAGUGUCCUCCUGAGAUGUUUGAUGUAAUUUUGGACGAGAACCAAUUGGAGGACGCCUGUGAGCACCUAGCAGAAUAUUUGGAGGUUUACUGGCGUGCCACUCAUCUGCCAGGCACCGCCCCUCUCAACCCCUUAUUGGAGCAAAAUCUGAUGACCCCGCCCUCAGCAAUCUCCAGCCUACAGAACCAGCAGCUGUUGCCUGCCGGGGGUGGAGGGGGUGUGGAGGAGGAGGAGCAGGGUGAGCAGGACAGCCUCAUGCCCUCCGAUGAGGCCAGUGACUCACGCUCCCUUCACCGAGGCGGCUCUAGCUCCCUACAACCCCCCGAGGACGAGGAAGAAGAGGAGGAGAAUAAAUACGAACCCCACCGACACUCCCACACGUAUCGGAACAUGUACCCACCCAACCGUAACCACCCCGGGGGCAUCCAAAGCGCUAACGGACACGAGUCCAAGGACCGACUUCUGCAACAGCGAGACUCGCAAGACGGACACAACCAACGCAACAAUAAACAGUGUAUGCUCGCCUGGCCGCGAGACAACUACUGAUCACCCGCCUGCAGGAGUUGGGAGGAGAGGAUUGUGUCCUGAAUUGGGGUGAUGGGAUCGGUGAGAAACUAGGAAACACAUAGUGUGUGGAUAUAACUGCCCAUGGUUGAAGAAUCUUGUUUUAUAAGCUUAUGUAGUCAUUAUUGUUUGAGGUAUUGUACUACAUUUGCCUUUAAAUAGCAGGGUAGCUUUUCUCCUUUAAGAUCAAAUGCAUGUUUAUAUUGAAACAACAUUUGAACUUCCUCUGGAGGAAAACACCUAACGUCUCCUGAGUCAAAAAUUAUUUUUCAUAUCUUGCCCUGUUUAAAAAAAAUAUAUAGCUUAAUGUAGUUUUCUGAUAUUAACUGGCCUGUUUCCUGGUUUUAGGAGGGUUUGGGGCACUUGUGAGCUGGUCAGACUUGGAGACCAGCUUAACUAGCUGAACACCAGCUUGACCAGGCUGGGAGGCCAGCUAGACCAGCGUAAACCAGCUUAGACUGGUUUUAGCUAUUUUUUUCAGCAGGGAGGAGCAUGAUUUUACCCUCUUCCUGAAUCUAAUGAGCACAUAAGGCAUUAUGAGAUAAUGAAAAGCACUUUUAUAGCAUGGAAUGGUAGUCACAAUGAAAGACACUGUAGCAUUUUGUUGCAUCUUACUUUAUAAGCUUAUUUUUUGCUAGUGAUUUUGUAAAUGUGAAAAUUUUGCUCUGAUUUUUUAGUUAAAGCCUGAUGGGAGUUCUUUUGUGUUUGUAUCAUUAUCAAUAGUUAAUAGGAAGUUCACUGGGCAACUCUAAUCAUUCAGGCAAUUGACAUAAGCAGUCACUUUUUUGUUACCUUUUGAUGUUGCACACAUUGUCAUUUUGUAGAAGCACCACGUGUUACUGUAUCUAGAAAGGGAAUUCAGGGCAAACAGGGUUACGCUCUGCUUUUGUGGAGUGCAACUGCCUAUUUGGUCUGUACAUAAGAUACAUUCCAGAACUUUUAUGAAAAGAAGCAGUUUGUCAUCAUUUUGCAUCUUAGCAUUUACAUUUGUAAUGCCAAUAGCACAUCAUGAACAAGAUGGAAGAGGAAGCCUAAAUAGGACAGUGUUUCUGUCUGGACAAUCCUGCUAAAACCGCUUUCGGACCCAUUUAGAACCAUUUUAAAAAUGAGUCAAAAUGGCCCGCAAGUCCAAGGAAGGGUUAAGGUGGUCAAGCUGUUUUUUGGAACCUGGAACCUGUUUUGUUUGUGGUUCAAGAUGGUUAACCCCCUAAACCUGCUAAUGGCCAACUGGAAAUCAGCUACCACAUUCCAAAACACAGCUACAAGCUUAAAAUUGAUUUUAUUGCAGGAUUAUCUGUUUCUUUUCUGGAGAUAUGAAAAUAAGAGAAAACUGAAGAUAGUUUAUCACCCAACAGUAGAAAGUGUCCAUUUAUACAGUACACUGCAGGACUUUUAGUGCUUGUAGCCCACCAGUUUUGGUGUCCAUUUUGGGAAAUGGGAUGGCGCAGUUGUUAGAAUCUUUUGAAUUUGGGACUUGACCAAAUGAUAGAGGUAGAUGAAUGCAUCUGUAAAUGGACAUGCAUGGAAAGUUGGUGGAGGUUCAAUUAUUUGACACAUGGGUCAGUUUGAGGAGUAGGAGACUGACCACUUGUAGAAAAAUGAAUGGGAGAAAUCCCAAUGCUUACCAAUGACGACUGUAAGAAAGGAAGUCCCACCUUUCAGUUAAAACAGCCAAUCUUGUGUUUGGCAAAGGUUGCCUGGUCAUUUUGUUCUAGAACAUGCAUGCGCAUUAGGAUGAAUUUGAGCUAAAGAAGCAAAUGUAAUGAUACCAAUGUUGUCAGCUUUUAUUGCUUAUUUGUGGCAAACAGUUUUGGAGAUUUUGGUCUUUGCCCAUUCAAGCAGAGAGGAGCUGUACUUACACAUCUACAAAAUAGCUGGCCACCGAGUAGCAUUUUUUUUUUUUUUUUUUGCGUGCUUCAAUAUGGGAAGUUUCAACAUCAUACCAGGGUUUGUGGGCUUGUGGUUCCCCUUCAAUAUAGGACACUAUGCCUUCAGUACGGGACAUUUCGCUGUCCGUUCUGCAUUUCCCCCUCAAGCGUAUCACUACUUAAGUACAUGGCAAUAGGGGUCCCUCAAGGGUCGUCUUCAUUUCGGCCAAAAUGCGGGACUUCCCAGCUAAUAUGGGACAGUUGGCAACCCAACUGCUAAGUUAACCAACUUGCCUCAUAAGGACUUUGCCUCUACUGAGAUGAAAGUGUGUCUUAAACAAGUAAGCGACCUUCUUUCUUCCUCACACAAGGGGCAGUUACCAGGGACUACUUAAAAGAACAUAGCGUCACACCUUGACUUGGCGACACGUUCAACACUGGGUUGUGUUCCGACUAAAUCCAAGAAAACAUUUCUCUGUUUGUUAUUACUAUGACUUUUAGACUUGGAUGUGACCUGUAGCAGCUUAGGCUAAGGUUUAUCCAGUAUAGGACAAUUCAAACUGGCCUUAAUAUUUACAUGUAUAUCUUUACCAUUGCAUGUUUCGAAUACAUUUAUUUAGGACUAUUUGCACAUUAGGGUUGGAACAGGACCUUAACAUUUUUUUUUUAAAGUAUAUUAGGGUCGAAAAAUCUACUCUUAUCAUUUUAUUUAAAAUUAAAAUCUGCAACAGGAUAAUAUUUACACAUCUAAUAAUAACUAGUGUAUAUAUAUCAAAUGGAAAGUGACCCGAUCCUGGAUACUUUGUAAUUACGGAUCUGUAACUUAUUUUUAAGAAAUGUUGCUAUGUUUACAGGAUACAAGUCAGGAUUACUCUCACUCAGUUUGGUGAUGUGAGACGUAUUGAAAUACUGUAUAUGUAAUGUCAGUUGUUAUACGGUGAUGUAGUCACAUAAAGUUGCAGUACACUCUCACGUAGCGCUGUAGUUAUUGAUUUGGAUCCUCAGACUAAUAAACUUAUAAUUAAUAGAUUUUAGAACAUUAGUCAACAUUGCCUGCCAACGAGAGAAAUCCUUAUUUUUCUUAAGAAAUAAUCUUUCCAAUUUAAUCGAUGUUUAUACAUAGGACGUUUACUUAAUUGUAUCAAAUAGACUACACAGCUCCUUAAAAAUAUGCACAGAGACUUGAGUGAAUGUAUAGUUGCAUGCCUUAACACCUCUAGUCCUCAGCACUAAUGAAUUGUCCUCCAGAGGGAUUGUGCCAAAUUGACGGUCCCUUAAUUGAUUGUGUUGCGUUGAUUGUUGUGGAUUCAUACACUCCCAGAAUGCACUUUUAGAAACUUAACUCCUUAUUUCAGAUUGUAAAGGCUUUUCUUAUAGACGAAAAUGAGGCCUAAUCUGAAGAAUCAGCCAUCCGUGUGGCCAGUGUUGUAUUAGGACAACAUAUCACAGCUGUAGUGCAUAUAUUCAUCUCAUAACAUAAUGCAAGAGAGUUAUUUACGUGUAUACCUUUACUAGACACUGAAAUCCAAACAUGGGAAACAGCAGCUACUAGUGGCCACUACGUUACAUUGACUCAGUGAAUGCUAAUGGUGCGUUCACUUAAUGUCGGAAUUACCGCAAUUACGAGAUUCGAACUUGUUAAAAGCGCUCACGUCUUCGUAAAACUUGUAAUUACAAAUUCUAUUGGAAUUCUAUGAAAGCCCCGACUUGACAGUCGUGAGGGUGAAAAGAUCCAAUAUGGCAAUGGCCUCAACAGUUAAAGGUAGUGUAAUACAUACUGUAUUUCUGUUUGAUACGCAGUUUUACUAUGCCAUUGUUUCCUGCAGUGAUUUCAUUGUCCCUAUAGCAUUUUGCAAGAACAUAUAGAGGUGAAUUAAUGUAGUGAUAAAUAUUUUGCUGUUAUCAACAACAAAGCCAUUUCGGCAUUAUAAGUGUUGCCAUAGAACAAAUAAGGUCCGAGAACGUAGAAUAAUAAAAGUAAUUCCGACAUAAUGUGAAUGCAGCAUAAGGCUGAAACAUAUUCUAUGCAAAAAUGUGAACGACAGUGCUUCUAGAUACACAAACUUGAUUUUGCGCAUUAUAGUGUUACGAAAUGUUUCACAGUGUUACUCAUAAUGCAACGACUGUUGCAUUCUCAGCAUUGCUGCAAGGGACGCUAUAGUGUGCAUUAGCGUAAACUCCUCUACUAUGCUGAUCAAGUUUGUUAAAGUUAGUUAAACUGUUGACCAUAAACAGAUGUUUAUAGCUAGCUAGCUACCUGAAUAAUAGCACAUGCGUUUUAAUAUCACAAACAUUUUAAGGUAACUCUAUUGCCCUCCAAGGUUUGUUACCGCCACAGCAACGCAAGAGUGUACAUUUGUGUGUUCAACGGGACUGUGCAAUUGGAAUGCGUUGGUAAAUCAUUCAGCUAAGGCCACAAACUUACUCUACACAAGUACGCAAACACAGACGUGAAUGCUUGGCCAACACAUUGCCAUUGCAGUCACGAUGUACAUAUUUGAUGUGCGUUCUUGUGUUACUAUGGCAAUAACAAACCUCAGUUCUCAAGGGGUGAGUACUGAGUAUUAGAGUCCACUAAUGCGUUUUCAUUUGAAAACUAAUUGAUUUCGCUACGUUUAUGCCUCUCAUCCACACUAGAACAGCAUUGUCCUCAACCAAAAAUGGGGUGUUUUGAAAAUGCUCUCAAUUACCACAUACUUUAGAAAACGGUGACUUUAGGAAACUGAACAAAGAGUUUUUAAACUUAAACUGAUUAGUGUGGAGGUGGCCAGAGUUACAUUCAAAUGUCUGUGCCAUUCAACUGGAUAUGUUAUUAUUCAGGUAGCUAGCUAUAAAUAUGUUGACAGUUUACCUUGCUUUAACUAACUUGUUUAGCAAUGGUACGCCAUCACAGUAGCUGUAGAAGAAGAGUUUAUGCUAAUAUGCUACCUGCUUAUAGCGCCCCUUGUGACAACAAUGAGAAUGCAUGUGAAAACACUUGAGUUGCUUUAUCAGUUGCGUUUCUAACUAUUUUGGAAUGCUUUGGCCUAUAAAAUUGAGCUUGCAUAGCUUGAACCAUUUGCGUUCACGUUCUUGCGUAGAGUAUGAGUCCAUGUCAAAUCUAAGAAAUGACACAACUGCCUGUUAACAACCUAUGAUAUGUGUUGAUCUCAGGUCAUUAGACAAGUCACUGUAUCUUUCCAGCUCUUGCCUUUCUCAUGAAAGUUUAAAUUGACGUUUACUGUGUCGUAGAACUGGACAUUGUGUUUAGAGUACCGAUCUUGAAGCAAAACCUCACAUAGGCCGUUUAGAGGUUCAUAAGAAAUUAACAUCAUCUGGGAUAUGGAAGUCAGGGUAACAAGUCCAUUUGAACAAAUGCCUUGACCUGGCCUCUCUUUAAAUGUACUUUAUCUUUAUUUGCUAUCAACAUGUCUCACUUUAAUCUAUUGUUCUAGAUAAAAAUAUUUUUUUUUUAAAAGACAGAAAAUCAAAGCAUGACUGAAAAAAAGUUUCUAUGCAAGUGUUGCAUGAGAUCUGAUUGUUUCUUUCGAUUGUGUUUGCUCUACUUUAGUAUUGCAUUGAUUCUUGUUGUUUGUAACUAUUAUUCUAGUUAGUAGGAAUACUCACCCUCUUUUAUACUGAGCACAGACAAGGGGCUCCUGUGGAACAGAUCCUUUUAUUUAAAAUGCUUAUUUACAAACUCAUGGGCUUCAAUACCUCCACUGUUCUGUUUUUCUUUUUGACAACUUUUGGACAUAGCAUAUAAUUCAUUCAAUGCAUUAAAUAUUAUUUGUCAAGACCAGAAAUUAUACAACUUUGAUUUAAAAAUAGUACUCCACACCAAAAAGAGUGAAAUUGCACUAUACAAGCUUCUUUUAAUCUUAAAGAGAUAGUUCACCCAAAAAUGAAAGUUCUCUCAUCAUUUACUCACCCUUAUGCCAUCUCAGAUGUGUAUGACUUUCUUUCAUCUGCUAAACACAUACAAAGAUUUUUAGUAGAAUAUCUCAGUUCUGUAGGUCCAUACAAUGCAAUUGAAUGAGUGCCAACAUUUUUAAGCUCCAAAAUCCACAUAAGAGCAACAUAAAAGUUCUCGAGAUGACUGUGGUGGAGAAGUGAUAUGAUAGGUGUGGGUGAGAAACAGAAUAUUUAAGUCCUUUAUUUACUAUAUAUUCUCUCCCUGCUCAGUCAGUCUCCACUUUAAUGUUCACAUUCACAUUUCUUCUUCUUUUGUUUUUGGUGAUUCACAUUCUUCAUGCAUAUCGCCCCCUACUGGGCAGGGUGGAGAAUUUAUAGCAAAAAAAGACUUAAAUAUUGAUCUGUUUCUAACACACACCUAUCAUAUUACUUCUGAAGAUGUGGAUUAAACCACUGGAGUCAUAUGGAUUACUUUUAUGAUGCCUUCAUGUGCUUUUUUGAGCAUCAACAUUUUGGCACCCAUUCACUUGCAUUGUAUGGACCUAUAGAGCUAAAAUAUUCUUCUAAAAAUCUUACAACUCCAAUUCCGAAAAAGUCAGGACAG